AUGCUUUUCGGGGGCGGAUUCAUUGAGGGAUAUUCCUGGGGAGGCUCCGGCUUCUCUGGUCGCCGCGGCUCUGCCUCUCAUGACUUUGAGGAGCAAUUCCGAUAUCAACGGACAGGGAAUACCCCACCGCCGACCUCAGCAUCCGCAAGAGCUCUCGCGCACCUUCCCAACGCCGCCCUCGACCGAAUCUUCUAUUUUGUCUGCCCGCAAUCUCUCGACGAAUCCUAUGACACGUGCGAGCAAAGCUUCGUCGAAGAUUCCUGCUCCCUGUGCGAUGUGAGGGACCUUGCCCACUGUGUCCAGGUUUGCAAGGCCUGGCGUCCCGCCGCUCGCGCAUUACUCUACCAUAGUAUCCGCAUUGAUUCUGUUCAUUACUGCGAGCGCGAAGCAUUCCUCGCCGAGCGCCGAAAGCGCCGGACCUUUUUCGAUAGGAACGGCGAGCCCGAAGACACGGCCCACGCCCGUCUCAAGCUCCUCUGCCGAACACUCCGAGACGACCCCACCCGCUUGGGCGCGCGCGCCGACCUAGCUCGCACUAUUGCCGUAUUGCCCAACCUUCGCUACGUGGACCUCCCUGAAGGGUUGUUUUCUGAUGACCCCUCCUUUUCUACGCUCAGGCUAGAGGUGCAGGCUCGAUGUGCGGACCUAAGGAAAAUGACCUAUUUAGCAGGCGCCGAGCGAAGCAUCGAGCUCCUGGCAAGAGGCAAUGUGUGGAGAAAUCUCGAGGUCUUGGAGCUGAUUAAGCUUAACAUCGACCCCGUCAUCCUGCGCCAUGUGCUUGGCGCGCUUGGCAACCUCCGUGCGCUCAAGAUCACGGAGAUGAGGAGCUUCUCCGACGAAGUGUUUGCCUUCAACGAAAACUUGCCUCAUUUCCCCGCCCUGCUGGAGCUGAUUCUCAAGAAGACUCCUCGGGUGACCGAGGCAGGUCUAGCUGAGUAUCUGAGCCGCCCCGAUGCAGGCUCAGCGUUGAGGGUGCUUUCGCUGUGGAGGACCGGCGUGAAGCCUACGAGGGUCCAGGAUGUCCUCGAGCACGCUAUCAACCUAAAAACCUUGUCUAUUCACGACACCGUCGAUUCGGCCAUCCCUAGCGGUGCGGGCCUAAAGAGAAUCACCUCGCGCAGCCUACAGACAAUCAGUUCUAACAACCCGUUUGCGGGUACUGGCUCCCUGACGCGCACCCUAGAGGUAUUCACUAAGAGCGACGAAGGCAUGGACUGGAGUUUCGUCAAGGUGCAGCCGAUCCACGGCGGUGGCGGUGGGUUCGGCCCUUCGUCUAGGUUUGGCGGCGGAGGAAGGCGAGGUAGCCAAUCCCAGCGCCCCACGAGCGGCUAUGGCCUAGGAACAGACAUCACUGGUAUGGGAUGGAAUACGGGCGCUGCACGCCGCAGCGUCAUGGUCGGAAACGGCACAGGAGGCUUCUUAGCUAUUCCCAGUGACAAUGGCGACACCUCCCGGGACGAUGUCGAAGAAUGGCCUCGGCCAAAGAGUAGCGCAGGCGAGAAGGGCGACAGAGACUUGUGGCGUUAG